UGGGAGGGGAGGUGCAUAGCGCAAGGAAGCGCCGCCCACCGCGGCACCGCCCACGUCAGGUGAGCUGGUGAGGUCCUCUGCUGUCUGCUCCUAACUCCGAUGCCGCCGCCGCCGAUCACCACGACGGGCCCAAACAAGCCCCUCCACGCCCGCCUCCUCCGCUCCGGCGCCCUCUUCGAUGACCCUUCCGCCGCUGCCCCGCUCGCUGCAUCAGCUGCCAACUCCUCCCUCCCCUACGCCAUCUCCCUCCUCCAAGCCCACCCCACCACCUUCUCCUACAACACCACCAUCCGCUCCCUCGCGCACGGCCCUCGCCCCCACCUCGCCGUCGCGCUCUACCGCUCCAUGCUCCUCAACCCCCUCUCCAACCCCAACAACUACACCUACCCGCCACUCCUCGCCGCCUGCGCCCGCCUCCUCCCCGCCCAUCCACCAAGAGAAGCAGCAGCCGGCACCGCCGUCCACGCCUCCCUCUUCCGCCGCGGUCUCGAGUCCCGCGACCGCUUCAUCAGCGCGUCAAUGCUCUCCUUCUACGCUGCCGCUGGCGACCUGCCGGCCGCACGCGAGGUGUUCGACCGAAGUCCCCCCAACCAAAGGGACCUGGCCCUCUGGAACUCACUCCUCCACGCCUACCUCUCCCAAGGAUUAUACACCCACGUGCUACGACUCUUCCGCCAGAUGGUCGCCACCGACGAGGUCACGCUGCUCGCAGUCGUCUCUGCCUGCUCGCAUCUCGGUGCGCUCGACACCGGCCGCUGGGCGCAUGCCUACCAUGCGAGGACCUGCCGGAAUACUACGAGGAAUCUUGGUACCGCUCUGCUCAACAUGUACAUGAGGUGCGGAGAUGUCGAGAGCGCAUGGUCUGUGUUCCACGAGAUGCUCGACAAGGAUGUCCGGACCUGGUCCGUCAUGAUAGCUGGGCUGGCUGUCAACGGGCUCCCGAGGGAUGCACUGAAGUUGUUUGCCGAGAUGAAGAACAUCGGGGUGGACCCAGAUUCCAUCACCAUGACCGCGGUGCUGAGUGCGUGUUCCCAUGCUGGCAUGGUGGACGAGGGCAAGAUGUUCUUGCACUGUAUGCCCAUCGAAUAUCAUUUACAACCCACCAUAGAACAUUACGGUUGUGUUGUUGAUCUGCUUGGUCGAGCGGGCCAGUUGGAGGAGGCAUUGGCUCUCAUUGAGACCGUACCAUUCAAGGCUGAUGUUGCGCUCUGGGGUGCUCUCUUGGUCGCUUGUAGGGCCCACAAGAAUGUCGACAUGGGGCAGAUGGCCGCCAUGGAGAUACUCAAAUUGGAUCCUCACCAUGCCGGGGCCUGUGUGUUCUUAUCUAAUGCCUAUGCUGCUGCUGGAAAAUGGGACCUUGUUCAAGAGGUCAGGAGCUCGAUGAAAGAACAUAGGAUAUACAAGCCUCCAGGAUCUAGUAUUGUCGAACUCGAUGGUGUUGUUUACGAGUUCUUGUCUGGAGACCAUUCACAUCCUCAGUCUGAUCGGAUAUAUGCAAUGCUUGAUGAGGUUUGCAAGACCUUAAGCCUCAAGGGGCACAGGCCUUCAACUAAAGAAGUUGCCUUUGACAUUGAUGAGGAGGACAAAGAAGUUUGCAUCUCGCAGCACAGUGAGAAGCUGGCACUUGCCUUGGGACUCAUAAGCACCAGGAGAGGGGCUGUUAUCCGAAUAGUGAAGAACCUGAGAAUCUGUGAGGAUUGCCACUCGGUGAUGAAGAUAGUCUCGGAGGUCUACGAUCGAGUUAUAGUUGUCAGAGAUCGUAACCGUUUCCACCACUUCAAGAAUGGCUCAUGUUCUUGCUUGGAUUAUUGGUAGGCCAGAAGCAUGAAUGGCAAGGUUCUCUAGGAAAAAUGUACCAUGGCCAUUUGCUUCAAAACGAGUUUGUCAACCGGCCAUGCACCAGUGGCUUGUAAGACAGUGUGGGCUAUUGACAAAGAAGCUGGCUAAGAUUCUGAUCUCACUGGCAUGAAGUGUACACAGAACGGUAUCCUAUGUUUGAUUAGCAGCCAUGCAAAAAUAUUACUCUUGUUUGGCGCAGAACACUGCCAAAUCGUUGAAGAAUCUAGAUCUAGCACACCCCCAAAAUUAGAAAUUUUGUAAAGGUUCUGAACCGAGAAGGAUUGGGAAUGGUUUAUUUUCCAAAAGAUCUCGGGCAUGGUGAAAUCUCUCUCUGAGCAUACUUUAUUUAUUGGCGCAAUUUCUCACCAGCACUGACAGCACAUGCACAUUCCCACAUUCCCUCAGGCAUUGGUAACCUGUUUUGGAAAAUAUAUGCUGUACUGAUGAACACAGCUUGUCUCUGUGUUUCUGUUUCUUUUGGGUGCAAAUGUUGGAGUAAUUAUUAGCAAUCUACUGCAGUAAUUGGAGCCAUGGCCUCUCUAUGAUUCUCACCUGUCCAGUGUCUUGUAAAUGAAUCAGGGGUGAUCGCAUACUAUGGCUGGGAAAGGCUACCAAAUAACUACAUCAUAUUGGUGUAGAGUGCCUCCGGAAAAUUGAAAAAAUCAGGACAGGCUGGAACUCUUAUGUUGAUUUUGUUCGAGAAUUUUGGAUAUUACAGGCCGUUGUCCGGUGAAGUAAGAAGGGUAGCAUCUUCAUUGUAGCUUGAAAAGGUAUUUCUAGAACAUGAUGAGAUAUCCGGAUGAUCUGGAUGACUUUCCUUUCUGACAAUCAAUCUCCAGGAUGAAUUUUAGCUUCUUUUCCUCUGGACAUCUUGAAUUUCAGCAUAUAUAUUACAAGAGUAUUUUUGAAAUAUGCUCCUCCUAUGAUUUAUGCGAGGGAUGAGUUUUAUAAACAUCCAAUCCAUGUUUCUCUCACACACGCACACAAUUGUCCCAAUUGUGUAACAGGGCAUGCUAAGUUCCUGAACUUUUAUCGCUAUGCUCCCGUGCCAGUUUUACAUAACUAUUAGGGCAUGCUAUUGCUAUGGAACUGAUAUGCCAUUUACAUGUGCUCAUAUGGCCCACUUUUCAACCUCAGUGUUGAAGUAUGAAAUUAGUUGACUUGAUUUGUUGAGGCAUCAGGAGAGGAUCUACAAUCUUUGCAUGUCGUAAUGGGUCUCCAUGGAGCAGAUACCUCUCACCAUCAGCAUGGGAUGGGCACAGACAUGAUAUGUUACGCACAUAAGAAACUCAUUUAUCGCAUGCAAGUGUCACUCCCAUCUCUUCUCCUAUAAAAGCAACUACAUGAUCUUGAAGCUUCUACAAUUAUUUAUAAGAUGUAGGCUUCCAGUGCUGUCAUAUUAUGGUGGCGAGAAUAGGUUCAUUGGGGUAUUAGAUGAAACUGCAAAUGAGCACACGAGUAUACAUGAGGCAUCACAGCGGACAUGAUAGUGACAAGCUGACCAGGCAUUCUUCGCCUCGGUGGUCUGGUGAUUAGCGGUGUGGUGAUCGACUCCGUGAUGCCGGCCACCAUUGUUUAUGGUGAAAAUGUCGAGGAAAGGCACCGUUGGAAGCCGUCGAUAAGGUCAGUGCUCAGUGACAACAUGCAACUGUUGCCGUGACAUUGGCCGCACUGAGAUUGGCUGCAGCGGCAACUAGCGCACGUGCGUCGGCCAAGAGCGUCUUUUUGCAGUAGCAGUAGGGAGUAUGUCAGGUGGAGUUGGACGCCGCAGCGAUUAAUGACGGAUGGAGUGUGUCCGGUCGAUAGACCAGCCGCUGCCAAGAGUAGGAGAUGAAGGUGCUGUUGUAUAGCAUCACUUGGUACUAUCCAUUGAACUGAAAAGACCUCAAUGUUGGGUGUAUUAUUGUCAAAAAUAUGUGGCUAUCUAAAGACACAUCCGCUAAGUAUGGACACAAUUUUGCAGUAAGUAGUUCUGGGCGUGCAAACACCUGAACGAGUCGGCUGCCGGGUGUUACUCAACAAUAGGAUUACUCGAUUUGGCAAUGUUGCAUUACUUCAGUGAUCGUAAAUUAUCAUAUUGGCAUGCUGAAUGCUGGAGUAUGAGAUUUGAUGGCUAUGAUACGCUGGGAUGAUAUCUUGAAGUUUUGACCAGGUUUGAGAUUUCGUAGAUAUGUUGGGGAGAUUCCUAAUGAAGAAGAGAAGAUAAGAUCUCAGGCAUGGUGUAAUCUCUUUCUAACCAUACUUGGGGCAAGUGCUCAUCAGCACAUGCACAUGCACAUGCGGCCAUGCGCACACUCCUCAGUACCCCGUUUUGGAUAAGUGCCGUAGUACUAUGGUUGGGACGAAGGGGUACCUAGCAACUACAUCACAUUGGAGUUCAGUCUCAGAUUGCGUAUCAGUCAGUCAGCUGAAUCUUCUUGGUUGAAAUGGAGGUGUUCAAAUCAGAGGAAACAUGAAUGUGUUUUGAACUACCGCAAUGCUGGAUUUUCCUAGCUGGUCACAAGAUAUUACAUGAUGCUUUGAUCCCGGAGUUGGAAUUCCUGUCAUGUUUGCUAAGUAGAAUGGCGAUCUAUUCGAGAAAAACGCCUGUUGAUUUCUGAGAAAUGACACAAGAGAGGCCAGAACUUUAUAUUAUGAAUUUCAGCAUGUAGAUUAAGAGAAUAUUUUUAAAA